GAUAAGACAUAUGUGGUGAGUUGAUUUCAGUGUGGCCGUGAUUAAGUCAACAAACGUGAAACGUCAAUCAAGUUGCAUCCGAAGAAACAACGGUGAAGUAGUUGCUAGUUAGCAAUUUUCUUGCUGAUGCUAAGAUUUCAUUCAUAACGACGACAUUGAACACUCAUUUCUCCUUUAUUUUUCUUCUCAAUUGGUCUUCUUGAGAUUUGUAUCCUCCUCUCUUUAAUUAUGGCUUCUUCCUCUUCUUUGUCUUCUCGCAACUGGUCAUACGAUGUUUUCAAGAGCUUUAGUGGGGAGGAUGUUCGAAAAAACUUCCAUAACCACUUUCUUGAAGACCUGGAACGAAAAUGGAUCAUUGCUUUUAAAGACAACGAGAAGGAGAGAAGCGAGUUGAUCGCCACCGAGCUUGUCCAGGCCAUAAGAGAUUCCAGGGUUGUAGUGGUGGUCCUCUCCAAUACCUUUACUUCUUCAAGCUGGUGCCUCAAUGAGUUGCUGGAAAUUAUGCAAUGCAAGAGAGAUUUGGGCCAACUGGUUAUACCAGUGUUCUAUGGCUUGGAUACUUCUCAUCUUAAGAAACAGUCGGGCGACUUUGGAGAGGCAUUUAAAAAGACUUGCCAUAACCAAACAGAGGAAGUGAAAAAUCAGUGGAAGCAAGCGUUGACAGAUGUUGCUAAUAUACUUGGAUAUCAUUGGGACAAUGAUGUUAAAAUGGUAGAAGAAAUGGCCAUAGAUGUUCUGGGCAAACUAAAUUUAAGUCCAUCACAGGAUUGGGACGACUUUGUUGGCAUCAAAGAUCAUAUCCAAGAGAUGAAUUCAUUGUUGAAUUUAGACUCAGAGGAAGUAAGGAGGGUUGGGAUCUGGGGCCCCUUUGGAAUUGGCAAGACUACAAUUGCAAGAUCUCUAUUUAGCCUCAUCUCUUCUCAGUUCCAAAGUAGCAAUUUCAUAGACAAGGGGUUUGUAUCUAAGAGCAUGGAAAUUUAUAGUAGAUCCAACCCCGAUGACUAUAAGGUAAAUUCACGUUUGCAAAAAUCAUUUUUGUCUGAAAUUUUAGGCAACAAGCACCAGAAAGUGCUUAUCGUUAUUGAUGAUCUAGAUGAUCAAUUGGUGUUAGAUGCCUUGGCGGUUCAAACUCAAUGGUUUGGAAAUGGGAGUAUAAUCAUUGUGGUUACACACGAUAAAAGUCUUUUAUGGUCCCAUGGGAUUGAUCAUAUCUACGAGGUGUGUCUCCCAUCUGAAGAGCUUGCUCUUAAGAUAUUCUGUCAAUCUACAUUUGGGCAAGACUAUCCACCUGAAUGUUUUAGAGAGCUUGCUUUUGAAGUGGUAUCGUGUGCUUACCAUCUUCCUUUUGGUCUUCAAUAUUUUGGUUGGUAUUUACGGGGUAGGGGCAAAGAGAAAUGGAUAGAUAUGAUGUCGAAGCUUCAUAUGUGUCUAGAUGAAAUAAUUAAGAGAACACGUAGGUUCCACUAUGAUGUGUUACUUAACGAAAAACAUAAAUUAAUUUUUCGUUACAUUGCAUGUCUUCUUAACUUCGAAAAAGUUCGUGACAUCGGGGGGCUUAUAGCAGAUAGUGAUUUAGGAGUUAAAACCGGGCUUAAAAUUUUGGUUGAUAAAUCUCUUUUACGUGCAAGAGAAGAUACUAUUGAGAUGCAGUGUUUGCUACAAGAAAUGGGAAAGGAUAUUGUCCGUGCACAGUCCAAUGAGGCUAGAGAACGAGAAUUCCUUGUGGACACAAAAGAUAUAUGUCAUGUACUUGAAGACAACAAUGCUACUACAAAGCUUUUAGGUAUAUCAUUGGAUAUGUAUGAGAUUGAUGAACUGCAUAUACAUGAGAGCGCCUUCAAAGGACUGUGUAAUUUGAGUUUUCUAAUUUUUUACACUAACCACAAGAAAGAAGUAAGGUGGCACGUACCUAAAGAAUUUGCUUAUUUCCCCUAUCGGCUAAGACUACUGAGGUGGGAUAAUUGUCCUUUGAGAUGUAUGCCUUCUAAAUUUUGUCCUUCAAACCUUGUUAAGCUCCAAAUGUUGGGGAGCAAACUUCAGAAGCUUUGGGAAGGAGUUCAAGUAAGUUUUAUGUAAAGUCUUAA